AUGAAGCAUGAUAUUUAUUUUAAUAAUAAUAGUGCAAACAAUACUUAUUUAACAGCUUUAGCAAAACUAGAUAAUACAUUUUUUGUUGAAGAAAAUUCAAGUUCAGAAAAAUUUUUUAAAAAAGAAAAAUGCAAAUGUAAAUCUAACUGUUUUGAAAAAAUUGGAUAUGAAUGGUUUCUUGCAUGUCAAAUAGAGUUUGAAAGUUUAGACAAAAACAUGUAUAAUAUAGUAGUUAAAAGACAACUUAUAGCUUUUCAGCAAGAUAAAAAUACAAAUAAACAUCUAAAAGAACAUGGUCUUGAGGAGCAUAUUCAUGAUAAUAUUGGCAAAACUCCAAAAAAUAUGAAUCAUGUUGAGAUAAAGUAUACAAAGCAAGAAUGUAAUUAUUAUAAUGCUAAUAUUAAACUUGCAAUUAAUGAUAGCAAUCAAAAUCCAAAUAUAACUAAUACUAAAAUACAAGUUAAAACUUUUAAUAAUUGUGCUUAUAUAGCAUAUGAUUGGGCACAAAAUGUACUAGUUCUUAACUAUCCUUAUACAGAGCAAACUAAUUAUAUAAUUGAUGAAGCAGAAAUGCCUGAUAAUAGUAAAAAGAAAAAAGGAGUAGUUUUUUAUAAAGAUAAAAUUGAAGACGAUUAUAAAAAUACUGUAAUUCAAUCUUUUUUCUUUGAUUCAAAUAUUCUUUCACUAAUUAUUAAUACUAAAUCACUUACUUCAAAAAGGCAAAAGGAAUUGUAUAAAGAAAUUUUACCAUAUGUUGAAUUACCUUAUAGAGAUAUUACUUGUCCUAAGCUGA